AUGUGUGUAACGUUUUUUUACUUCUCCAAAUCAAAAGAUGGUGGAAAGUAUAAAUUAAUAUUAAUUAAUAAUAGAGAUGAAUUUUUGGAUAGAAAAACUCUUUCUGCAUCAUGGAUGGAUGGUGUUUUAUGUGGAAGAGAUUUAAAAGAUAAAGCAAGAGGAACAUGGCUUGGGGUAACUUCAACAGUUGAUGGAACUUUUAAACUAUCAAAUAUUUUAAGCGUAACAUCAAAAAAAGAAAUGAAUAAACUUAAUGCAAUUAGUCGUGGAGAGAUAGUAAUAAAUUAUUUAAAAAAAGAUUUACCACCACAAGUUUAUUGUAAUGAGAUUGAAAAAAUUAUUAAUGAAUAUAAUGGAUUUACAUUAAUAACUAUGGAGAAAAAAAAAGGAAAAGACAUUGAAUGUUAUCUUUUAUCUACUAAAAUGUCUCCAAAUAUAAAAACAAUUAAAUAUACAGAAGGUAUUUAUGGUAUUGGAAACUCAGGUUUAGAUGAAUCUUAUAAAAAAGUUUCAAAAGGAAAAGAACUUUUUUCAAAGUUUAUUAAUGAUAAAAUUAAAAAAGAUUCUUUUAAUUUAUCAGAAGAUGACAUUAUUAAUGAAUGCUUACAAAUUUUGAAAGAUAAUCAGAAAUGUUUACCAGAUCCAAUUAUGGAGAAGUUGUUGGAAUACCAACCAAUUACACCUUUUAGUUCAUUAUUUAUUGCACCAGAACCAUCUAUUAGAUAUGGAACAAGAACUCAUACAGUAAUUAUUGUUGAUAAUAAUGAUAGAGUAACGUUUUUUGAAACAACAGCUGGAAAUAUAAAUUCUAAUUUGGAUGAUAUUAAAUGGAUAGAAAGCAAAUAUACUUUUCAGUUAUAA